CCUGGGUCUCCUACGUCAGACUCUCCAGGGCUGCGACCCUGGAAUCUCUAUGAACAUUAACACUGCAGCUGGCUGCUGGGGAGGCUGCUGGGUCCUGGCUUUGGAAGGCAGAAGUAAGGGCUGCGUAUGCCAGCAGCGGCAUCUGGGGUUCCAGGCGGGUAGCAGCUGCAGGCCGCCGACGGCCCGGGAUGGACUGGCCACACAACCUGCUGCUCCUUCUGGUCAUCUCCAUCUUUCUGGGGCUUGGCCAGCCUAGGAACCCCAAAGGCAAGAGGAAGGGGCAAGGGCGGCCUGGGACCCUAGCGCCUGGGCCCCACCAGAUGCCACUUGACCUGGUGUCCCGGGUGAAGCCCUAUGCUCGUAUGGAGGAGUACGAGAGGAACCUCGGAGAGAUGGUGGCCCAGCUCAGAAACAGCUCGGAGCCGGCCAAGAGGAAGUGCGAGGUGGACCUGCAGCUGUGGCUGUCCAACAAGAGGAGCCUGUCUCCCUGGGGCUACAGCAUCAACCACGACCCCAGCCGCAUCCCCGCGGACCUGCCCGAGGCCCGUUGCCUGUGUCUGGGCUGCGUGAACCCCUUCACCAUGCAGGAGGACCGCAGCAUGGUGAGCGUGCCCGUGUUCAGCCAAGUGCCCGUGCGCCGGCGCCUCUGCCCGCCACCGCCGCGAACCGGGCCCUGUCGCCAGCGCGCGGUCAUGGAGACCAUAGCCGUAGGCUGCACCUGCAUCUUCUGAACCUUCGGCACCAGAAGGCAGGCCGGCUGCUGAAGACCGCCUCCCUGCACCCCGCGACUGCAAGGCUGAUGAAGAGUAAAUGCUGUCCUCUGUAAAGCAAGACUUUGGGUUUGCUGCUUGCGGCUCUGAAGCCCAAAGCGGGAUGGGGCUUGGCCAUCCCCGGAGGCCCACUUCCAUUCAGUAUAAAGGAGGAUUUGCCGUCACUCUGACUCCUUUAACUCUGAGAUAGGCUAUUAAACACUUAA